GGCAGCGCAGACGUGGGCAGUGUAGGGGUGUACAGGCAGAGGAGAGAGGGUAGGUAGUAGUGUGUGAGUGUGUGUGUGCGUGUGUGUGUGAGGCUGUCAGACAGCAUGGUCUGGGUCUGAGGACAAACAACUGGGAGACGCAGCAGCAGCAGCAGCAGCCUCCAGAUCUCCAUGUAGACCAGUGGGGUGACAUCCACAGACCACCUGGACCAGCAGCCGCCCAGGACGACACCCGGAGAAGCGAGAGGAAGAGGAGGACGAGGAGGAAGGGGAGGUCGGGUCUGCUUCUCUUUUUAUUUUUCUCAGUUUUUGUGAUUUGUGGAGUAGGCUCCGGGCUGGACCGCAUGCAUGACACAACGCAAAGGCGAGAAACCCACCAUCAGCAUCCAGGAGCACAUGGCCAUUGACGUGUGCCCUGGCCCCAUCCAGCCCAUCAAGCAGAUCUCAGACUACUUCCCCCGCUACCCUCGGGGCCUCCCCCCCGCUGCGCCCCAGCCAGCGGGCCACGCCGGGCCCCUGCGCUCUGCCCUCUCCACCUCCUCGGCCGCCGCCGCCACUGGAGAAAGUGACCGACCCAAUGAGGACACCCCGGACCGGGCUUGUGCCGGAGCCGCCGCCUCCUCUCAGGCCGCCAAGAGGGACGAGGAGCCGGACGUGGAGGCAUACGACUCAGACGACUCGACCACACUGGGGACCUUGGAGUUCAGUUUGCAGUACGACCAGGAGAACAAUGCACUAAACUGCACCAUUAACAAAGCCAAGGGGCUCAAGCCGAUGGACCACAAUGGGCUCUCAGACCCGUACGUCAAGCUGCACCUGCUGCCCGGUGCCAGUAAGGCAAAUAAACUUCGGACCAAGACCCUGCACAACACACUCAACCCCGUGUGGAGCGAGACCCUGACCUACUAUGGCAUCACCGACGAGGACAUGGUCCGCAAGACACUCAGGAUUUCGGUGUGUGAUGAGGACAAAUUCCGCCACAACGAGUUCAUCGGGGAAACGAGAAUCCCUCUCAAGAAGCUGAAGCCCAACCAAAUCAAAAAUUUCAACAACUGCCUGGAGAAGCAGUUACCUGUCAACAAGACAGAAGACAAGUCCCUGGAGGAGCGAGGACGCAUCAUGAUUUCUCUCAAGUACAACACGGUGAAGUCCUGCCUGGUGGUGGGCAUCAUACGCUGCGCUCACCUCGCCGCCAUGGACGCCAACGGCUUCUCCGACCCCUACGUCAAAACGUACCUGAAGCCGGACGAGAACAAAAAGUCAAAGCACAAGACGCUUGUGAAGAAGAAGACGCUCAACCCCGAGUUCAACGAGGAGUUCUCUUAUGACAUCAAAUAUGCAGACCUCACCAAAAAGACCCUGGAGGUGACGGUGUGGGACUACGACAUCGGGAAGUCCAACGACUUCAUAGGUGGUGUGUCUCUGGGUAUCAAUGCAAACGGAGAGAGGCUCAAACACUGGUUCGACUGCCUCAAAAACAAGGACAAGAAAAUUGAGCGCUGGCACACGCUGACCAAUGAGUUACCUGGUUCUUUAAAUGACUGAAGUCUCAUCAUCCUGUCGUUCCUCCUCCUCCUCCCCGGCUGCAUCAGAUCGGACUUCAUCUUCCUCACUCUUCUUCUCUGGAUUCGGAGUCGGCCACAGCGACACGUCUGUGGGAAUAUGAAUACUUCCUCUCAACAGGGCUCAAAUUAGACAUAUCCAAAAUGCUCUGACAUGUACAAUAGGAUUUAGCCGGCUGAUCUUUCAUUUGAUUUCAGAUUCUAAGUUUCAUAAUCUUGAUUUAUCGUAUGAUCAGUGAUAUUAAAAUAAGCAGAUUCCUUUUAUUCAAGUAGAUUGUCAAUAAUCCCUGGAACAGCACAAUAAACGCCUUCAGUCUGUCGCGUGAAUUGAAGCAGAGCUGCAGGAGACAGGAAGUAAACGAGUCGAGACUCUUAACAAAGCAUGUAGCGAAAAUUCAUCCAGCGGAAAUUAUGCAGAAAGUUUAGAGGAACAGAUUUUAUCUUCUCAAUUCAACCUCCCACCUUCAGUCUGCUUGACACUUAUAUUUAGUGUUGUGUAGGAGCAGAUGAAUUAAACAUCAAUAACCCACAUAUUUGAAGAUGAUGCACUUUAAUGAUACGAUUGUAAAAGUGUCGGGUGGUGCGCGUCCUGCCGUCCCUCUCCCGUCACGUAGCCGUCUCCCACGCAGAAUGACAAGUUGGGUUUUUAUGCAUCCGGAGCGUUUGAGUCUCAGAUCCUCCUCAAAACACACGACGCAGAUCACGGCCUCACAACGCUUCAGACACACAAGACGAUGGACACACACUUCAGCCGUCAAUUUUUGCAGAUAUGAAUGUUAUCUCCAGCAGCUGUGAGAUUAUGAUUUAUUGUCCAGUGAGAACAAAGCAAACAAGAAUGACACGUUAAUGAAAGUGGAAAAGAAACUAAAUGGAUCUGAAAUUAACAAAACUCACUAUCACAAAAUGUUAGGGAAUCAAAAAACAGUCCUGGAUCCACUCCAUCAUUUGAGGGAUUCUAUCUUUGCCAGUGCUGCACCUGUCCACCAAAUUUCAUGUUAUAUCCGUUAUAUAGUUUUUGCGUAAUCCGGUUCACUAACUAACAGACAAAUGGAAACUCGAAGGAGAUAGAUGGGUAUCAGACACAAAUCAGCUAAAACAUAAAAACAGGAUAUUUUAACAUUCCAGUUAGGAACAAGCUGCCAUAACCCAAUAACAACAACAACAACACAACACAACCUCAACAUGCAAAGCUUUAUGGGUAGGGGAGAUAAAGGUUGGUUGUUUAAAUAAGUUUGACCAGCUUACUAAACCAAUGCAAAAAAAACAACUUUACCUGAACUCCUGCCCGAGGCUUCUUGCAGCGAACAUUCAUGACAUCACAAGCAGCCCAAUCACGGAGCCCAUUGGCUAACGUCCGAUUGGCUAAUCAACACAAACUCUGUCUUCUGUACCAGGUGCAUUGUUUACAGUCCAACUGGCAACGUGAAACACAAGAUUGGCUCCUCUUUAUUUACAGCUCUCUGCACUUAGCCAGGUGUUUCUCUCUCCUCUGUUUACCUGCGGGCAACCAAACCCUGCUCAAACCCUAAUCAGUCAUACCAGAAGAUUCAGGCCCUGAAAGAUCUUGUCCCUCACAUACGAAUUCUGCAAAUUCACAUCCAGAUCCUAUCAUAGAGAUCGUCUCUCUGUAGACGAGUCAGUAUAUCAAACAGAUCGAUAGGCACCACCCACUUUAAUACUUACUGAUCUGAUCAGUGUUGAUCUCAUUCAUUCGUCGUUUCCAGAUCACAAAACACUGGGUACUUAUUUGCAGUGCAAAUGCAAAAUG